GUCAUUGAAUGGGUCAACUAGACAACUACGCCGCCUCUUUUAUUAUUAGUCUUUGUUUUCAUAUUCAGUUUUUUACCUGGAAAUUUUCCGCUUGAAUCCUAAUUCAGCCGUCAACCAUUCCAUGCUGAUAUCUCCCUCACUCCGUUUAUAUACAUCUGUGUAAUUCUUCAUCUUCCCCAAUUUCCCGAGUCAUAUAUUCUACAGAAAUCCGAGAAAAUUUUUCGAAUUUUGGGGAGAUCAUCCAAGUGGUUUUGAUUGAUAGAGUGAGUUAAUAUUGAGGUGUGUGGAAUUGGGAAGGAGUUGUGCAGAGAUUGCAUAGGUGAUGGGAGGGAAAAGUUCGAAAGGGCGGAGUGGGAGACAAUAUCCGUCGUUUGAAUCGUCUUCAUUCAACAACCAUGGUUACUCACAGUCACAGCCUUAUGAGGAGGCCUAUCCAGCCCAGCCAUACUACACGCCGCAGCACCACAGCCCUCCUCCACCUCGCUACUACAGCGGUGCUCAAACCCCUCACCGGCACGCCCAAUUGGACCGGCGUUACUCCAGGAUAGCUGAUAAUUAUAAUAGCUUGGAUCAGGUUACUGCUGCUCUUGCUCAAGCUGGCCUAGAGUCUUCUAACCUCAUUGUUGGUAUUGACUUCACCAAGAGUAAUGAGUGGACAGGUUCCAGGUCAUUCAAUAGGAAGAGCUUACAUCACAUUGGAAGGGGUCAAAAUCCAUAUGAGCAAGCAAUAAGUAUUAUUGGGAAGACCUUAUCUGCAUUUGAUGAGGAUAACUUGAUUCCCUGCUUUGGAUUUGGAGAUGCCUCAACACACGAUCAAGAUAUCUUCAGUUUCUACCAGGACGAGAGGCCCUGUAAUGGAUUUGAAGAAGUGCUGAUGAGAUACAGAGAAUUGGUUCCCAGCCUUCGACUUGCAGGACCCACCUCUUUUGCACCCAUCAUUGAAAUGGCCUCGACCAUUGUUGAGAAAAGUGGUGGCCAAUACCAUGUUUUGCUGAUAAUAGCUGAUGGACAGGUGACACGAAGCGUUGAUACACAGCAUGGCCAGCUCAGCUCUCAAGAGCAAAAGACGAUCGAUGCAAUUGUAAAAGCAAGUAAGUACCCCUUGUCAAUAAUUUUGGUUGGGGUUGGAGAUGGGCCUUGGGAUGUGAUGAGGGAGUUCGAUGACAACAUCCCUGCUCGUGCCUUCGAUAAUUUCCAGUUCGUGAAUUUUACAGAAAUUAUGUCAAAGAAUGUUGAUUCAUCGAGAACACAGACAGAGUUUGCUCUUGCAGCCUUGAUGGAAAUUCCUUCCCAAUAUAAAGCAACUAUUGAUCUCAAUACACUGGGUGUAAGGAGAGGGAAUGCUCCUACUAGGGUUCCUCUCCCCCCACCCCAGUAUGGAACACCUUCUUUCAGCAGCAGCUCGAAACCUUACCACUCAAACAGUUUCCAAAAAAGCGUUGAGUCUUAUCCUGAAGAUGAGGCAACAGUCAGCACAGGCCCAUCUUCUAAUUCUCUUUAUGAUAACAAGGUUUGCCCCAUUUGUCUCAGUAAUCCAAAGGAUAUGGCUUUUGGUUGUGGUCAUCAGACUUGCUGUGAGUGUGGAGUAGACCUCAAUUCAUGCCCCAUUUGCCGAAGCCCGAUCCAGACUAGAAUAAAGCUGUAUCAAUAAGCUGUUGUGUUCAUGUCCUUAGAUCCCCCUGCUCUCAGAUUGGAACUCUAUUUGUCCUGGCAAAUGCUCGCCAAAUGCCAAAGUCAAGGGAUGUUUUGCAACUUGGUGAAGGUGCAUUUUGGCCUGGGACAUGAACUCCUACUGAAGAGUUACUGUAACACUACUAGCUUUGUAUGUAUAUAUAUAUGAAACGUGAUGCCUCGAUGGAAGGAGAAAUUCCUCAGAGAUUUAUCAACCAUGACCUUCAGAAGACCGAGGAUCCCCCAUACAAUUACACCCUUCAUUAGGAGAAGACUGUUUGGAUUGGAUUGCAUUUUGCGUGGACAGAGGCAUUUUGUAUUUUUUUUUUCUUUUUUGUUCAUUCUUUUAUUGGUUUGUAUUGAAGCCCUUUUCCCCCCUCUUUGAAAUGACGAUAGUUUGCAGUGUGUGUAUAGCACAAAUUUGUUUGCAUUGUUUUGAAUUUGAUGUACAAGAACGCAUUAAGGUUUUGGAUUAUUAAA